UCGUUUUCUUGGAGCUUAAGGCACUGGGAGCUCACACAGAAACAUCUGAAUAAUACUGAGUCGAGGUACGUUUCGUUUCUUCCUUAGAUAUAUGAUCUGUUCAUAUAUAGUUUGGUUCAUGCGUGGAUUAGUAGAUCUUAUUAUUCAUUAGGUUAUCUUCGUCGAUUCGUUUAAUUACCAUAAAGAAACAUAAUCUUUGUCUUCUUUCUAUAGAUAUGGCGCAGAGACCACGAUGUGGAGCAUGCAGGCUUCUGAAUAAAAAAUGCACAGAAUCAUGUGUCUUUGCACCUUUCUUCCCUCCGCAAGAGCUUGAAAAGUUCCAGUGUGUGCACCAUGUGUUUGGGUCGUCCAACGUGAAGAAGAUGCUCAAUGCAGUAGACUUUGGUCAGCGUGAAGCGGUUGUUUUCACACUUGUGUACGAGGCUCGAGCCAGAAUCAAAGACCCCAUCUACGGGUGCGUCUACCGCCUCUUCCUCAAAGAACAAGAGAUAGUUAUGCUUCGACAAGAAAACGAUUCACUCAGGGAUCAACUCGCGCUUCAGAUAGGUUAUCAAGGUUUAGUUCAAAUGCAGCCUACGCAGCAGAUGGAUCAGCAACAAAGUGGUUCCGCGUUUGAAACGCAGCCUACGCCGCAAGAGAUGCGUUCCGCGUUUGAAACGCAGCAUCACACGGGUCCUCAAACUCAAGAAAGGGGUUUCACGUUUGACACGCAGCAACAAAGCGGUUUUGCGUUUGAAACUCAGCAACCCAUGAGUUAUCAAGGUUUCCCGCAAGACAUAGUGAGAGGCUUGCAACAUGGUCAAAGCGAUGUUGGGCUUGAGGCCAUGUUGUCCAACACUAUACAGCAUUCUCUGCAACAACAAAGUGGCUUCACGUUUGAUAGGCAGCAGCAAAGGGGUUUUGCGUUUGAAAAUCAGCAACACAUGGGGUCUCAAGGUUUCACGGAAGAUAUAGGGAGAGGCUUGCAACAUGAUCAAGACGAUGCUGAGUUUGAGUUGUGGAGGGCUGGCCUCGAUUCUGAGUUUGCUGAGUUUCUGUUGUCCAACACUACACAGGCUUCUCUACCACUGCCACCGCAGGACAAGCAGACGAACUCUGAGACCGACAAGGAGGUUGCGUAAUGGUUCACCUGAUCGUUAGUAAAAGAAGAGAGCACUUUUAGGCUUUGGAUUUGCGUUUUGUUAUUCUUUGGAUAUAGUACAUUUACAUUCCUUCGUCACAUCUUACCUCUAGAAGAUAUAGGGUCUUAACUGUGGCAUGGCAUCUUAACCGUGGCAUGGUAACUGCAAAUAUGUACCGUGGUGGCAUGAUAAAAAUCUAAUCAAAUAUGUAUUGUGCCUUUGCAUUUUUUCAUUUCCUGA